CAAAACCAACAUUUUAUAUACUUUUAAUCUUUUAAAGAACUAGAUUCUGUUUCUGUUGCUAUGUUGGUUCCUUAGAGGCGACAAAAAAUCUAAAUCUUGGGUGCUGAACACAGGUCAUUGACCUUGCCGUUUUGCGUCAGUCCGUACCAAGAUGGCAGCGCCCAUGAUGAGAUGUAUGCUGUACACAAGGCUCUGUCCCUGUGGCUAUAGGGACCCUGCGAUGUUCUCCUCUCUGGUGUAUCAAGUCCGACACAACUCCAACAGGACCUCCAUUGCCAGACUGAACCGUACAAGGUACAUGAGAACGUACAACGCACGUGUGGUGCACGCAGACGGAUCCACAAUCACUGUACCCUACAAGGAACCAAUAGGAGUAAUAAAGAUGCCCCUGGACAUCGACAGUUUGUCGGACCAAGAAAGGCGACUGCGGAUGGCCAAGCGGAUGCCAAAACAGGUGCGGCAGGUGGAAGAGGAAUAUGAGGAUGACUUUGACGCUAAGAGAUACAGCCACUUGUUCAAGAAAAAGUGAUGCUGGAACUCGAUGGACAAUGUUUCUGACACUAUUUCAGAAGACUGAAGGACUUUUGUAUGUAGUGCUUGUUGGCGAUGAACCAGCCACACUGGGACUUAAGGACUUGUGCAUGUAGUUCUUGUUGGCAAUGCAAAAAGUGGCCACACUGAGUGUACGAUCUUUCCAAAGACUGUUCCUUCCAAGUCAUAUUGACAAUGUGUACCAGCUAUCAGUUCAAGUGGUAACGAUAAAUUUCUGGAGGUUAGACAUGUACAAUCUCUACAACUGGAUAAAAAGCAGAGAUUUACUUCUGUACUUUUCGAGUGACACCCAUCAAUCUUCUUCAGCGUCAUGCAAAACAUCUGGAAGUAAAUCUCUGGUUUUUAUCUAGUUGUAGAGAUUGAAUUGCUUUCAGAAAGUGCUGAAAUGCACAUUUUGCCAACAGCUUUAUUGUGUAGCAGAUACUAACUUUGUUUGCCUUGUUGUUUUAAUUACUUAAAGGAAAUCUAUGAUAAUAAGUCACCAAUAUCCUAUGACUGACAUGGUUCUCUUGUGAAUUAGAUACACUACUAUGACACUUUAAGCUGUGUAUAGAUUUCUAGGUAUGUUUCCAAAUAAAUCAUUAAAAGAA